CGCGUGCUUUACAGAUAACGCGCGCGCGCGCACCUCGCCCGUGCACCCGCCGCGGUCCUUCGGACGUUGUCUGUAACGCCGCUGUGAUAUUAGAAAGGAACUCAUCCAUCCGGGAAGCGUCUGCUUUUCUCUCGCGCGUCCUGCUGUGUGUGGUAAACCAUGUACACUCCGGCAGCCGAUACGGGUGUGACGGUGGUGGAGAAGGAUGCCGCUCUGAGCAGCGCCUACUCGCCGGUGGACUACAUGAGCAUCACCAGCUUCCCUAGACUACCAGAAGAUGACGUUUCAGCCGACAACACGCUCAAAUCACGCAAAGACGACGAUAACUUCCUCAGCGAGCAGGACACGGAUCCGGAUCUGUUUCUGAAGUCGGCCCGACUGCAGCGGCUGCCCUCCUCCGCCUCGGACCUGGCCAGUCAGGACGUCUCUCCACUGAGGGAGACUAGCAGAGACCCGCUGGCACAGGACUGCGCCUGCACACGCGACGGGCUGACCGUCAUCAUCACCGCCUGCCUGACCUUCGCCACGGGCGUCACCGUGGCCCUCAUAAUGCAGAUCUACUUCGGAGACCCACAGGUGUAUAAUCAGGCGGCGGUGGUGACGGAUGUGGCCCGCUGCACGUCUCUGGGCUUUGACGUUCUGGCCAAACAGGGCUCCAGUGUUGAUGCUGCCAUAGCCGCUUCGCUCUGCCUGGGCAUCAUCCAUCCCCACACCUCAGGCAUCGGCGGUGGUGGGGUGAUGCUCGUCCAUGACAUCCGCAGGAACGAGAGCCGGGUCAUUGACUUCCGGGAGACGGCACCCUCCGGGAUCCGCGAGGACAUGAUGCUGCGCGUCAAUCAAAGGUCAGGUCUGUUGGUGGCCGUUCCCGGCAUGAUCAGCGGACUGCAUCAAGCUCAUCAGCUCUACGGAAGAAUGGUCUGGAAAGACGUCGUCACUAUGGCCGCCGAUGUGGCGAGGAAUGGCUUCAAUGUGACGCAUGAGCUGGCUGACGCUCUGUCUGAAGUUAAGGAGCAGAACGUGUCGGACGCGUUCAGAGAUCUGUUCCUGCCCAACAGUCAGGCUCCACUCGCGGGACUCUUCGCCAAGCGCCUGGACUUAGCCGCCGUUUUGGACAAGAUCGCAGCCAACGGAGUCUCCGAGUUCUACAGCGGGAACCUGACCCAGGAAAUGACAUCACUGGUUCAAGCUAAAGGAGGUGUGCUGACAGAGGACGACUUCAAAAAUUACACCACUGUCAUACAGAAGCCGCUUCAAAGCCUUUACCAGGGUUACCAGGUGUUCGUUCCCCCUCCGCCUCACGCCGGAGCCGCCCUGCUGUCCGCUCUCAACAUCCUGGAGGGAUUCAACAUCACGAACCAGGUGCCCAGGAGCAACAUUUACCACUGGAUCGCCGAGUCUCUGAAGAUUGCGCUGUCUCAAGCCAGUGGACUGGGAGACUCCAUGUUCGACUCAUCGGUUUCUGAGUUGGUGACGCAGAUGCUCAGUAAAGACCAGGCUGCUGCGCUCCGGCAGAAGAUCAGUGAUUCCCAGGCGUCAGCGGCCCAGCACUAUAUGCCCUCGUACGCGCUUCAGGAGGGCGCUGUGGUCAGCCAGCUCAUGAUCAUGGGCACCGACGACCUGAUCGUGUCUGUUAUGAGCUCUCUGAACCGGCCGUUCGGGAGCCGUAUUGUGACUCCUUCUGGGAUUCUUCUUAACAGUCAGAUGCUGGACUUCUCUUGGCCUAACAAAACACAAAGCGCUGCAGCUUACAAUCAGCAUAACAGCAUUGAGCCGGGCAAGAGGCCGGCCUCGUUCCUGACGCCGAUCGCGGUGAGGCCGUCCAUCGGUCUGUGUGGCACAUACGUGGCCCUGGGCUCCUCAAACGGCGAGCGGGCGCUGAGCGGCAUCACACAGGUUUUGGUCAACGUUUUGUCGUCGCGUAAUAACAUGAGUGACAGCAUUUCCUACGGCAGACUGCAUCCUCUCAUCCAAAACAACACCCUGCUGGUGGACUCUAAGUUCGCCGAGGCGGAUGUGAAGGCUCUGAUGCAGAAGGGUCACGACGUGCGUAAGGUGGACAUCAUCUCACUCGUAGAAGGGACCCGGAGGACCAAUGACCUGAUCAUCGGCGUGAAGGACCCGCGCAGCACUGACGCCUCGGCACUGUCCAUGUCCAUGCCCUAGAUUCACACACACACACACACACACACACACACACACUCUGUGCUGGGGACGUUAUGAGGUUAACAAGUUGUAAGGACAGUGUUGAUAACCAACAUAGAUGGGCAGUGUCCGGGAGAUAGAAAUGAGCUGCUCUCUGCUUCCCCCCCGCCACAAAAACAGCACGGAUGAUAUUUCGUAAUGCGAAAGCUCUCCAAAUAUGUUCUGACGAAAAUAAACAAACCUCGAUGAUCUGGGGGCGAGUACGUUUUUAGGAAUUUUUUUUUCCGUUUUUUGCAUUAUUGAUAUUUUCCACAUUGUGGAAUUACGGUAAAGCGAUUAAAACCCGAAACAAUACAAAGUGUGACACACAAACGUCGAACACAAUUAUGCUCGUUUGGUUUCCAGCCUUCAUCUUCAGCACACUUCUCUCAGAAAACCUGUAAAGUAAACCGUGUUGAAGGUGUUUUGUGUGUACUUUUCCUUUACUCGUGAGAUCGUAAGGAACUAUUGUGUGUCCAAACUUUUAACUAAUACUCUAUAUUUUGGUUUUUGGUCUUUUUAUUAUAACUGGUAGUUCAUUUGGGGUUGUGUAGGAUGUGAAUUAGAGGUAGAAGGGAAAUUAAAUGAUUUUUUUUUUUUCACAUCUUGCAAGACCUUAAUGUCUCUGGAAGUCACUGUAAAGAAGUAUCUUCACAGAUGUGAGUGAUGUUACUCGAAGUGAAUGUUACGUUAAUCCAUGCUCCCGUUCACCAAUGAAUGACUGUACAUGUAUUAUAUAAUGAUUAAUGGGGGUCGGGUGGCAGCAAUAUGGUCUCAUUUUAGUAGCCAAUCAAACCUGGAGUCUGAUAAAAUGGUCUAAAAUGAAUAAAGCUGGGAGAAUGCCUGAUGUAAAAUAGCAAUAUAAAAACCGUAAUAUGCUUUCAGACGCAGUUUAAUACGUGCCAUGAUUACCUUUCGCACUUUUAUUUCGAAUUGUGAAUGUCACUUUGUUAAUGUGUAUAUAAUUAUAAUGCAUUUUCUUUUCUGUGUGGAAACCGUAAAAUAAGUUCAUGCACAUAUUUCUGAGCAAAAAUCGGUGGAUUAUUUGAAGUUAAGCUUCUUGUUCGUGGACACAUCUGGUAUUUUCUGCCACAAUAUUGCACUGUUACAGCAUUACUGUUGUGUUUAGUAGCUUUACGAUGGAGAAUAAAUAUUUAUAUGUAA